AUGUUGCAAGUAUCUGAGCGUCAUGAUCAAGUUCUUUUGAACAAUAAUGUCAGACCUAUUGGGACAAAGAAAAUUCCCGAGGCUAACUAUGGCAAGGUGAAGGAUGGAAAGAACCCUAAAGUAAAGGGGAUUGGACGUGCUGACCCUUACACACGUGGGGGCAAUACCCCACGUGGAAAAGGAUAUGGAGGCUGUAGUAUGGGCCGUGGAAUGGGCCGUGGACGUCCUCCCAAUGUAUGGCGCAGAGAUGGUGGUGCAGAUUCUAGUGGCCAUGGUGGCACUGGACCUAGUGGUCACAAAGUGCAAAAGGCACCGAAAAACCCCCAAGCAAAAAGGGAAAGAGUUGGCAAUGAACCUUGCUAUAGGUGUGGAGAUACUGCUCAUUGGUAUAAGAACUGCCAAGCAAGUAACAGAGUCGCAGCCAAUUACAAGAGGUAUAGAGAGUCUAGAGAACAAGAGGCUCACUAUAUAGAGGAAGAAGGUCUUGAACCUAAUGUCAACCUCACAAUCUCGGACUUUAAUGGCAAGAUGGACCAUGCCAAGUCAAACGAUACUCCAGAUUUUGAUUAA